UUCAGUGUGAGCAGUGUGCAUGUGAUGGCCCAGACAAAAGAUCCAAACUUUGGGCAGUCAUCAGGCACUAACUCUGCCCUUCAGAGGCUGGACACGUUAGCUAGCCGAUUUUUUUACAAAUAUCGAAAAGGGCACCAGGAGAAGGGACUAGAGAAUGAGGGGCCACAUGUGUCAGAGUAUACCGUUCUUUGGGAUGCAACAAUGAAAGAAUUCUUUGCACAAGCCAAAGAGGAUUUCUUGAGAAAAUGGGACUUUCAGCCGCAGAGCACAUCGUGUCUAGAUGACUUUGACAGAUUGAAAACUCUUGGCACUGGAUCUUUUGGAAGAGUAAUGCUUGUCAAGCACAGACAGUUGGGACGAUACUAUGCUAUGAAGAUUCUGGACAAAGAAAAAGUGGUGAAGCUUAAACAGAUAGAACACACAUUAAACGAGAAGAAAAUAUUACAAGCAGUGUCCUUUCCUUUCCUUGUGAAGCUGGAAUUCGCUUUUAAGGAUCAUUCAAAUUUAUACAUGGUCAUGGAAUAUAUCCAAGGUGGUGAGAUGUUCUCACAUCUGAGACGGAUUGGAAGAUUCAGUGAGCAGAACGCACGUUUCUAUGCUGCUCAGAUUGUUCUGACCUUCGAGUAUCUUCAUGCUCUAGACCUCAUCUACAGAGACCUUAAACCUGAAAACUUGCUCAUCGAUCAUCAGGGAUACAUCCAGGUAACAGACUUCGGCUUUGCCAAACGAGUCAAAGGCAGAACUUGGACGUUGUGCGGUACACCAGAGUACCUGGCUCCAGAGAUCAUUCUCAGCAAGGGCUACAACAAAGCUGUUGACUGGUGGGCAUUGGGUGUUCUGAUCUAUGAAAUGGCUGCUGGAUAUCCGCCUUUCUUCGCUGACCAACCUAUUCAGAUCUAUGAGAAAAUUGUAUCUGGCAAGGUACGAUACCCUUCACACUUUAGUUCAGACCUGAAGGAUCUUCUGCACAAUCUGCUGCAGGUGGACCUCACGAAACGCUUUGGCAAUUUGAAAAAUGGAGUCAGCGACAUAAAAAACCACAGAUGGUUCGCUACAACAGACUGGAUUGCAAUCUUUGAGAAGAAGAUUGAUGCUCCCAUCAUACCAAAGUGCAGAGGACCUGGAGACACCAGUAACUUUGAUGAGUACGACGAGGAAGACAUCCGGUUAUCUGUCACAGAGAAAUGUACAAAAGAGUUCUUGGAGUUUUAGAGUCUCUGUAAAGGCUUUAGUAAAAGUUUACAUGGGUACUUUGUCUUGUUAUGCACCUUCAAAGUUGAAUCCAAGAACAGCACAAUUCCUUCCACAUUGCUUCAUUCAAAGAGACUUGGGGAGAUUUGGAAAUUCACAGGUGCCUUUAUCAGUGAAGUUUAGUCUACUGCAUUAAAAAAAGAUCACAUAUUCUUCUGUUUGGAAACAUUUAUGAUUAAAGUUGAGAUUUUGUACUUGUGUUCAUCUUUUAUAUGUUAAUUAAUUUAUUAAAUGAA